CUCUAUAACUCGCUGAGAAUUCUAUUUGGUGGCAAUGAGAGAGGUUAAUUUUGAUAUUCGCUAAUUCAGUUAGUAUUUGGAUGUUGUGCUGGAAUUUCUUCACUAUCUAGCAAACGGUGAGGAAGUCAACACCAGUAAUUGUUCAAGUAAGGUACCUUGUAUACCUUGCCUUUAGAAUAAAGUUAGAAAAUUGUAAAUACGAGAAACUAGUACAAAAUAUCUAAUCUCAAACGAAACAAAAGUCUGAAAUAAGUGCUUAGAAAACAACAAUAAAAUGGCUUCCUCAGCACCUCCAGCAGCAGCACCACCACCACCACCUCCGCCAUCAGCCACUACCGCUGGCAAAGGAUUUCCCAACAAAAUUUACAAUGCUCUUAUUGGCUCAGUGGACAAACAUGUGCCCGAAAAGUUGCGACCAUUGUGGCAGCAUCCAGCUGGACCAAAAACUGUUUUCUUCUGGGCACCACUUUUCAAAUGGUCUCUUGUCAUAGCUGGUCUCAGCGACUUGGCGCGUCCGGCUGAAACUCUUUCGGUGCCCCAGUGUGCAGCACUCGCCGCCACCGGUAUCAUUUGGUCACGUUACUCCUUGGUUAUCAUUCCCAAAAACUACAGUCUGUUCGCCGUCAAUUUAUUUGUCGGUUUGACACAAGUCGUUCAACUGGGCCGCGCAUACAAUUACCAAAUGGAACAGAACAAACUGGCUGGUGAACAACCUGCGAAGAAGAACGAAUUGUAAAUGGCUUUAAUUUCGAUUUGUAUAUAAUAUUCAAAUGUUUGUAUAUACACAUGUAUAUAAUGUUAAUGAGACGCAUGCUACCUACAUUAAUUAUGCGAUCACUUUUCAAUAUUUUCCGUCAAUACAUACUUUUUAUGAAUAUGUAUACAAUCCACUUUACAUACAUAUAUGAGUGAUAAAAAGGUAAUUACGGCCAAAAAACACAUCAGGCGGUGGCGGUAAUAAAAUAAAAAUAAAUAGAGCAAGCGCAAAGCUCUUACAUACAUAUAUUAUACAUUUGUAUGUAUGUAUGUAUAUUUGUAUACCCACGUGCAUAAGCAAGUUACUAAUUGCACUUGAAUGCAAAAUGUCAAUGUCAAUGCCGCAACAUUCACUUGACUCCACUCAUUCACAAAAAUAUACACACAUACUUACAUAUGUAAAUGACUUAGCCAAACAACAAAACCAUUGGCCAGUAAAAGUGCUCAAUAUGCCGAAGCAGUCAUUUAUUAUUAUAUAAUAGUACUACAAAAACUGGUGAUAUAAUUAAGUAGUGAAUUGUAAAUUAAAUAAUAUUAUCAUGUUCGAUUAUACUGAAGCUGAAUUAAUUUUGAAUUUAAACUAUAACUAAGUUAAGAAAGUUAAUCAAAAAGACCAUCACAAAACAGCACAAAAUAUGCAAAUAAAAAGGUAUAAAACACAAUUUGUACAAAAGCUUCCCAAUGAAAGUGAAAUUGUUUUUUCUUUCUUUUAAUCUUUUGUUAAUAACAUCAAACUAUUGCAUAUUGAAAUAGUAAUUUUUUUCUCGUUUAAUCAAUUUGUCAAUGCAGACCUUAACACACAUGCCAAAGAGUUUAAAGUUUGUGUUUCCAUCAAUAAUAAAGAACUGGUUUGGGCAAAAGAAAAAACGAAAAAGAUACAUACAUAUGACAUUUACAUACUAAUAUUUAUGUACAUACAUAAGUCGUAAGAGGCUGCACAAGUUACAUAGCAUAGCAAAGUACCCAAUUAGCAUCUGACAUGGAAACAGCCAUAUGUAGAAAAAUGUGUUAAUUAUAUGUACAUACAUAUGUAUUUUAGGCAAUGAGAACUUUUGUUUGUAGAAUUACGAGUAAAAGUUAAAAAAAAAAACUUUUUGCAUGUGUACUUUAAGUCUCAAUAAAGAAACGAACGAAACGAGUUUA